UACAGUUUUGUUGUAUGGACGUUUUCGUAUCUGGGUCUUGAUCUCUUACUCGUUUUGUGUCGGACUGUAUGUGCUGCGAGGUUCUUCAACUUCAAAGUUUGGGCCUUUCCCGUUACUACUCCCCAUGCCCCCAACGCGAUCAGUUACGCGUUCUUUCUUGUUUUCCUUUUCUUUUUCGCCAAUGUAUUUUUCUUCGGUUCUCGAGAUUGCUUGUGCUUAUGGGUAUCUUUGGGAAUCGAUGACUUAGAAUUGAGAUGUUUGUUUUUUUUUUUUCCUUUUUGCCUUCUGCUCAAGUAUUUGAAACGAGAGGUUGCUUUUUGAGAAACAGAGAUGAUCUUUCCUUAGGAUUUGAUUACACUUGCAUACAACCCUAGUUCAGCUGGAUGUUAGGCAAUGUUAAGUUGAUGGAUUGAGUAGUUGCUGAGUUGAAGAUUAACGUCUGAUGCCCAAAAAGAAUGCUAUACUUUGGAGUUGAUAGAGCUUCAAUACUUUAUUUGAUUGUUGUCAGUGGUUUUUGUUGAGAAAGAAUAGGUUAUUUGCGCUUAUGAUUUUUCCCAUGGAUUUAACCACGGCUCUCACAUCCUCUUUACACUAUUAGUUCAAGUUUCGUAACUUGGAAGUCAUAUCUCUUCAAGUGCGGAUUUUAAGUUGAUCUUUGGAGGAGAUUGGGAUAGGGAGCUCAGGCUACCAAUCUAGAUGAUGCAGCCAUGAAAUUUUAUUGGUGGAGUACACAUGACUUCGGCACCCUGUAGUCUUUUUUGACAAGUGAAAGUCGUCAUGCUUGGUUAGUGGCUAGGUUAUGGAUGGAUUUAUUCAAUUGAUUGAAAUUAAAAGGAAAUAUCUUCUAAGCACAUCUCGUAGGUGAUGUCUCCUGAUUGGCACUACCCUGUGCAACCAUCCAAUCAUCUAGUGAAAGGCGAUUGCAACGUUAUGCAAGAUAGUUCAAGAGGCUCUGGCUAAGAAUCAAGACAUUGCCAUAGAGCCCAUAGUAGUUGAUAUUACUCGUUUUCAGAAAAACCAAACUUUAACCAAAGAUGAUACUAUUGCAUCAGCUUCCAAUGAUAACAUUACAAUUGACAGAACGGCUGCUUCACAUGCUGAAGCCAAUCCUUCGGGUAACGUUGUCCUUCGACAAACAAUGGCAUAUCACAGUGACCAUCCCGACGGAACUGUAACGAAUCCGAAAAUUCGUUAUAAAACCUACAUGGAAGGAAGGUCAUAUCAGCAAAGAUGUUUAUAAAACCAAAGUCACUGGCUCCUUGCAGGAUGGUCAUAUUCCUCAAACGCAGGAGAAAAUCGAUCACGAUCUUUCGUUUUCGAAAUCAAAGCUCACAAAACUUGUUCAGGUUAUGCACAUACUCAACAUUCAACUUGUAGCUACCAUAACAUUUUGACGAGCCAUUUUUGAGACAUUUUCAUCCGGCUACGAAUGCUCGCACCACCCCAUCUCAUCCACCACCUGCUUCUUCUUCAACCUCAACACCCAUUUUUCCUUCAACAAUAAUCUCAAUGGCCAGCUGAUUUAGACGGUGGAUCGAGGUAGGUUGCUCGGGAGCUGGAGGGACGGUGGCAGCCAUGGACGUGCCGAUCAUGCAUGCCAGUGACCGCUACGAGCUCGUCCGAGAUAUCGGCUCGGGCAACUUCGGGGUGGCUAGGUUGAUGCGAGACAAGUACAACGAUGAGCUCGUUGCUGUUAAGUACAUUGAGCGAGGUGACAAGAUAGAUGAAAAUGUUCAAAGAGAAAUAAUAAACCAUAGAUCUUUGAGACAUCCCAACAUUGUGAAGUUCAAAGAGGUCGUUCUAACCCCGACCCAUCUCGCCAUCGUCAUGGAAUAUGCCUCCGGUGGAGAGUUGUUCGAGCGGAUCUGUAACGCCGGCCGUUUCAGUGAAGACGAGGCACGAUUCUUCUUUCAGCAACUGAUAUCGGGAGUGAGUUAUUGUCAUGCAAUGCAAGUUUGCCAUAGAGAUUUGAAGUUGGAGAACACAUUGCUCGAUGGAAGUCCGGCCCCACAUCUUAAGAUCUGCGACUUCGGCUAUUCUAAGUCAUCGGUGUUGCAUUCUCAACCAAAAUCGACCGUGGGAACUCCAGCUUACAUAGCUCCUGAAGUGUUACUAAAAAAAGAAUACGAUGGGAAGAUCGCUGAUGUUUGGUCUUGUGGGGUGACAUUGUAUGUCAUGUUGGUUGGAGCAUACCCUUUCGAGGAUCCCGAGGAUCCUAAAAAUUUUCGCAAAACCAUUCAGAGAAUUUUGAAUGUUCAAUACUCCAUUCCCGACUAUGUUCAUAUAUCUCCCGAUUGUCGACAUCUCAUGUCUAAAAUUUUUGUUGCUGACCCAACCAAGAGGAUAUCAAUACCAGAGAUCAGAAACCAUGAAUGGUUCUCAAAGAACCUACCGCCCGAUCUGGCGGAGGACAAGACUGCAACCACUCAUAAUAUUGUGGAGGAGGAUACCCAACCGCCGCAAACCAUCGAAGAAAUCAUGCAGAUCAUCCAGGAAGCUGCCGUGGAGGCGGUCGGAGCUCAGAGCCCGAACGGCCAGUAUCUGACCGGGAGUUUGGACAUCGACGACGACAUGGAGGAGGAUUUGGAGUCGGACGUCGAGCUCGACUUGGAAAGCAGUGGGGAGAUAGUUUAUGCAAUGUAGCCGUUACCAUAUCCGACCCAUAACUAUUGUGUGUACGAAACUUUUUAAAAACAUUUCGAUCUUAAAAAUUAUCAUGAAUUUAACGUUCUGUGGUCUCCUUAGCUGGCA